AUGCUGAGUGAUUUCCCGCCCUUGAAAGUCAUAAGUAGCCUUUCCUACCCAGAGUUAAGUCACAACAACAUUGGCCUUGAGAAGAGCAAACGCACAUUCUCUCCUUGGAAUGCUUCCUACAGAUACACUCCUCUGCCUCCUGGCCAUAUCCGAUUGUUGCGAUUCAAGACAAAUCCGAUAUAUUCCGCGUGGAAGUUGUCGUUCGACCUCAUACUUGUUUCACUUGAUGACCAUCCACCCUACGAAGCCCUAUCGUAUCGGUGGUCGUCCAAAGGCGGCAACGACAAGGUCGCUUGUGACCGAGGGACUCUUCAAGUUUCUGCCAACUGCAAAGCCGCACUCAAGCAUCUGAACAAGGAGCACAGAUUGUUGUGGGUCGAUGCUAUCUCUAUCAAUCAGAAUGACAACAUGGAAAAUAAUCAUCAAGUCGCCUUGAUGUCGCAAAUUUACAGCCAUGCUGAGAGAACUAUAGCAUGGCUCGGCGGAGACGCGGACGACGCAGCAUCGUGUGUGGCAGAUAUCAAUGAGGCGCAGCGCUAUCUUGACGGCUUAGAGGAUGCAUCGACACUUAAACGAAAAGUCGCCAUGCUGCAGGACGGGUGGUCUCAAGGAGCGUUUUACAAACUUCUAUGCAGAGAUUGGUUCAGCCGGGUCUGGAUUCUGCAAGAGGUUGCGCUGGCAAAAGAAAUCUGGGUCAGCUGUGGAGACCAGACGACGACAUGGUCCUCUUUUAUAGGCGCGCUUGGAAAGCUCAAGACGAAGUACAGACUUCCCAAGGAACAUUGGGCGGCAUGGAACCUGGAGACCUUCAGGAAGGAUUAUCAACGAAAUGAACGUCGAGGCGUGAGCAUUCACGCCGCAAUGGCGCAGUCGCGUCAGUGCGAAGCCUCUGAUCCACGCGACAAGGUAUACGCCCUGCUUGGUGUCUGUCCCGAGCUUGCCCAAGAGAUAGGUGAGCCGGAUUACAGCCUUUCCCCUGCCGUUGUAGGGGCUCGGGCGCAAAGGGCAUGCUUCAAUGGCCGCUUGGGGGUCAAUGCGCUCUACCUAGUCUCGGUGGGAGAGCGUCUGGAGAAGAAUAUACCGUCCUGGGUUCCUGAUUUGAGCACUGGGCUCAAGACAUGGCCACGACGUCCGCCUCUUUCAACCCCAAGCGAUGGGCUCGCUACUAUAUUACCGUGUCCUUCUGGUCAAGACUCCCAGUGUCUGCACAUCAAAGGCACAUUUGUUGACACACUCACGUCGCCUUUCGAAUAUACCCACUACGACAUUUGA